GGAUCUGCCUGCUGGGCUGAGGCUCGGGGGCUGCUGUUAAGAUGGCGGCGGCGGGAGGCGACUGGGCCUGGCACUGACCCCGCGCCCGGAGCAGGCCCUCAGUUAGUCUGGUCGAAGUGGAUUAGAGCGACCGCGAGAACCGGAAGGUGUUUCCCUUGGCCGGCUGGGGCGAAGUGUGGGUGCCGGAUUAGUGAUUCGGAUAGCAGACUGGACCGAGCAUGGACUGGCUGUGAUUCCAGGAUCAGAAAGUGGAAAAGAAUAAAAAAUGAAAGUGGACCGAACGAAACUGAAGAAAACCCCCACUGAGGCUCCUGCCGACUGCAGGGCCUUGAUUGACAAGCUCAAAGUCUGCAAUGAUGAGCAGCUGCUGCUGGAACUGCAACAGAUCAAGACAUGGAACAUCGGGAAGUGUGAGCUGUACCACUGGGUGGAUCUCUUGGACCGCUUUGACGGCAUCCUGGCCGACGCCGGGCAGACGGUGGAGAACAUGCUGUGGAUGCUGGUGUGCGACCGGCCGGAGCGGGAGCAGCUCAAGGCCCUGCUGCUGGCCGUGCUCAACUUCACCGCCCUGCUCAUAGAGUACAGCUUCUCCCGGCAUCUCUACAGCUCCAUCGAGCACCUGACCACGCUGCUGGCCUCCUCGGACAUGCAGGUGGUGCUGGCCGUGCUGAACCUGCUCUACGUCUUCAGCAAACGCUCCAACUACAUCACGCGCCUGGGCUCCGACAAGCGGGCGCCCCUGCUGUCCCGGCUGCAGCACCUGGCCGAGAGCUGGGGCGGCAAGGAAAACGGCUUUGGACUGGCCGGGUGUUGUAGAGACUUGCACAUGGUGAAAUACCCACCCAGUGCCACCACGCUGCACUUUGAGUUCUAUGCAGAUCUGGGCACCGAGGUCAAAGUGGAUAAAAGGACGACCAGCAACACGCUGCAUUACAUCCACAUAGAACAGCUGGACAAGAUUUCGGAAAGCCCCUCCGAGAUCAUGGAAUCCCUCACCAAGAUGUACAGCAUCCCCAAGGACAAGCAGAUGCUGCUCUUCACACACAUCCGCCUGGCACACGGCUUCUCCAACCACAGAAAGCGUCUGCAGGCUGUCCAGGCCCGGCUGCAUGCCAUCUCCAUACUAGUGUACUCCAAUGCCCUGCAGGAGUCGGCCAGCAGCAUCCUGUACAACGGGCUGAUCGAGGAGCUGGUGGACGUGCUGCAGAUAACGGACAAGCAGCUCAUGGACAUCAAGGCGGCCUCCUUGAGAACCCUCACCUCCAUCGUCCACUUGGAGCGGACCCCGAAACUCAGCAGCAUCAUUGACUGCACGGGAACCGCCUCCUACCACGGCUUCCUGCCGGUCCUCGUGCGGAACUGCAUCCAGGCCAUGAUCGACCCGACCAUGGAGCCGUACCCUCACCAGUUUGCCACGGCCCUCUUCUCUUUCCUCUACCACCUGGCCAGCUACGACGCGGGCGGGGAAGCGCUGGUCUCCUGCGGCAUGAUGGAGGCCUUACUGAAGGUGAUCAAGUUCCUGGGGGAUGAACAGGACCAGAUCACCUUCGUGACCCGGGCAGUCCGCGUGGUGGAUCUCAUCACCAACCUGGACAUGGCGGCCUUCCAGUCCCACAGCGGCCUCUCCAUCUUCAUCUACCGGCUAGAGCACGAGGUGGACCUGUGCCGCCAGGAGUGCCCCUUCGUCAUAAAGCCAAAGAUCCAGAGACCGCCCACCGCCCCCCUCCAAGAAGGGGAGGAGAUGGAGACGGACAUGGAAGGCAUGCAGUGUAUCCCGCAGCGAGCCGCCCUCCUCAAAUCCAUGCUCAACUUCCUCAAGAAGGCCAUCCAGGACCCCGCCUUCUCGGACGGCAUCCGCCACGUGAUGGAUGGCUCCUUGCCUACCUCUCUGAAGCACGUCAUCAGCAACGCGGAGUACUACGGCCCGUCUCUCUUCCUGCUCGCCACCGAAGUGGUGACGGUCUUCGUGUUCCAGGAGCCCUCACUGCUCUCCUCGCUGCAGGACAACGGGCUGACGGACGUCAUGCUGCACGCCCUCCUCAUCAAAGACGUCCCGGCCACGCGGGAAGUCCUGGGCUCCCUCCCCAACGUGUUCAGUGCCCUGUGUCUGAACGCCCGCGGCCUCCAGUCCUUCGUGCAGUGCCAGCCCUUCGAGCGGCUCUUCAAGGUGCUGCUGUCCCCGGAUUACCUGCCCGCCAUGCGGCGCCGGCGCAGCUCCGACCCGCUGGGGGACACGGCCUCUAACCUGGGCAGCGCCGUGGACGAGCUCAUGAGGCACCAGCCCACACUCAAGACAGACGCCACCACCGCCAUCAUCAAGCUGCUGGAGGAGAUCUGCAACCUGGGCCGGGACCCCAAGUACAUCUGCCAGAAGCCCUCCAUCCAGAAGGCCGAUGGCACGGCCACGGCCCCCCCGCCCCGCUCCACCCACGCGGCCGAGGAGGCCUCCAGUGAAGACGAGGAGGAGGAGGAGGUGCAGGCCAUGCAGAGCUUCAACGCCACUCAGCAGAGCGAGGCAGAGCCCAGCCAGCAGGUGGUUGGGACAGAGGAGCGAAUCCCCAUUCCCCUCAUGGACUAUAUCCUCAACGUGAUGAAAUUCGUGGAAUCCAUCCUCAGCAACAACACCACGGACGACCACUGUCAGGAGUUCGUCAGCCAGAAGGGGCUGCUGCCUCUGGUCACCAUCCUGGGCCUGCCCAACCUGCCCAUUGACUUCCCCACCUCGGCCGCCUGCCAGGCCGUGGCGGGCGUCUGCAAAUCUAUCUUGACGCUCUCCCACGAGCCCAAGGUGCUGCAGGAGGGGCUGCUGCAGCUCGACUCGAUCCUCUCUUCCCUGGAGCCCCUGCACCGGCCCAUCGAGGCGCCGGGCGGCUCCGUGCUGCUGCGGGAGCUGGCCUGCGCGGGCAACGUAGCUGACGCCACCCUGUCGGCCCAGGCCACGCCGCUGCUCCACGCGCUGACGGCCGCCCACGCCUACAUCAUGAUGUUCGUCCACACCUGCCGGGUGGGCCAGAGCGAGAUCCGGGCCAUCUCGGUGAACCAGUGGGGCUCCCACCUGGGCCUGAGCGUUCUCAGCAAGCUGAGCCAGUUGUACUGCUCCCUGGUGUGGGAGAGCACCGUGCUACUGUCCCUCUGCACUCCCAACAGCUUGCCAACAGGCUGUGAGUUCGGCCAGGCCGACAUGCAGAAGCUGGUGCCCAAGGAGGAGAAGGCCGCACCCAACGCCCCCCAGGGAGCCAAGAAAGCAGAAGGUGAAGCGGAGGCGGUUGCGGGCGGGAGUGUGGAGCCAUCAGCCCAGGGCCUGCUGGAGGGGAUCGGCCUGGAUGGAGACGCGCUGGCCCCCAUGGAGACAGACGAGCCCAGCACUGCCGACGCCAAGGGCAAGGCCAAGAUCACGCCAGCCAUGGCGGCCAGGAUCAAGCAGAUCAAACCCCUCCUGUCGGCCUCGUCCCGGCUGGGCCGCGCUCUGGCCGAGCUGUUUGGGCUGCUGGUGAAACUGUGCGUGGGCUCCCCGGUGCGCCAGAGACGGAGCCACCAUGCUGCCAGCACCACCACCGCCCCCACGCCGGCCGCCCGCUCCACUGCCUCGGCCCUCACCAAGCUGCUGACCAAGGGGCUCUCCUGGCAGCCCCCGCCCUACACCCCCACGCCCCGCUUCCGGCUGACAUUCUUCAUCUGCUCCGUGGGGUUCACGUCGCCCAUGCUGUUCGACGAGCGCAAGUACCCCUACCACCUCAUGCUGCAGAAAUUCCUCUGCUCCGGUGGCCACAACGCUCUCUUCGAGACCUUCAACUGGGCCCUCUCCAUGGGGGGCAAGGUCCCUGUGGCCGAGGGGCUGGAGCACCCGGACCUGCCGGACGGGACGGGGGAGUUCCUGGACGCCUGGCUCAUGCUGGUGGAGAAGAUGGUGAACCCCAGCACGGUGCUGGAGUCGCCCCACGCUCUUCCCGCCAAGCUGCCGGGCGGGCAGAACUACCCGCAGUUCAGCGCCCUGCGCUUCCUGGUGGUGACCCAGAAGGCGGCGUUCACCUGCAUCAAGAACCUGUGGAACCGCAAGCCCCUGAAAGUGUACGGGGGGCGCAUGGCAGAGUCCAUGCUGGCCAUCCUGUGCCACAUCCUGAGGGGGGAGCCCCUCAUCCGCGAGCGCCUGGGCAAGGAGAAGGAGGGGGCGCGGGGUGAGGAGGAGGCAGGGCAGGAGGAGGGCGGAGCCCGGCGUGAGCCCCAGGUCAACCAGCAGCAGCUGCAGCAGCUGAUGGACAUGGGUUUCACACGGGAGCACGCCAUGGAGGCCCUGCUAAACACCAGCACCAUGGAGCAGGCCACUGAGUACCUCCUGACCCACCCGCCGCCGCUCAUGGGCGGGGUCGUACGGGACCUGAGCAUGUCGGAGGAGGACCAGAUGAUGCGAGCCAUCGCCAUGUCGCUGGGCCAGGAUAUCCCCAUGGAGCAGCGGGCCGAGUCCCCGGAGGAGGCAGCCUGCCGGAAGGAGGAAGAGGAGCGCAAGGCGCGGGAGAAGCAGGAGGAGGAGGAGGCCAAGUGCCUGGAGAAGUUCGAGGACGCGCAGCCGCUGGACCCGGCUGAGCUGCACGGCUUCACGGACGCCAUGUUGCCCGGCUGCUCCCAGCUGCUGGACGAGCUGCCGGACACCGUGUACCGCGUCUGCGACCUCAUCAUGACGGCCGUCAAGCGCAACGGCGCCCCCUACCGCGACACCAUCCUCAAGCAAGUGGUCAAGCAGGUGUGGGAAGCGGCCGACGUGCUCAUCAAGGCGGCCCUGCCGCUCACCACCAGCGACACCAAGACGGUCUCGGAGUGGAUCAGCCAGAUGGCCACGCUGCCCCAGGCUGCCAACCUGGCCACCCGUAUCCUGCUGCUCACCCUGCUCUUCGAGGAGCUGAAGCUGCCGUGUGCCCGCGUGGUGGAGUCGAGCGGUGUCCUUAACGUACUGAUCAAGCUGCUGGAGGUGGUGCAGCCCUGCCUCCAGGCCGCCAAGGAGCAGAAGGAGGUGCAGACCCCCAAGUGGAUCACCCCGGUGCUGCUGCUCAUUGACUUUUACGAGAAGACGGCCAUCUCGUCCAAGAGGAGAGCCCAGAUGAACAAGUAUCUCCAGGCCAACGGGAACAACUGGCGCUGGUUUGACGACCGCUCCGGCCGCUGGUGCAGCUACAGCGCCAGCAACAACAGCACCAUCGACACUGCCUGGAAGGCGGGCGAGACCAGCGUGCGCUUCACCGCCGGCCGCCGGCGCUACACCGUGCAGUUCACCACCAUGGUGCAGGUGAACGAGGAGACGGGCAAUCGGCGCCCGGUGAUGCUGACGCUGCUGCGGGUGCCCCGGCUCGGGAAGGGAGCCAAGGAGAGCAACGGGCAGGAGCUGGAGAAGACCCUGGAGGAGGCCAAAGAAACGGAGGGCAAAGCCAAGGAGGAGAAGGCAAAUGAGGCCCCAGUGCCCCCCGAGAAGGAGGCAGCCCCCGAGGAGGCGAAGGCGGCCGAGAUCCUGAUCGAGGGGCUGACGGAGGAGAUGGUGACGGUGCUGAUCCGGGCCUGCGUGAGCAUGCUGGGGGUGCCGGUGGACCCCGACACGCUGCACGCCACUCUGCGCCUCUGCCUGCGCCUGACGCGCCACCACAAGUACGCCCUGAUGUUCGCCGAGCUGCACAGCACCCGCAUGGUCCUCAGCUUGACCCAGAGCUCCGGCUUCAGCGGCUUCACGCCCCUCGUCACCCUGCUCUUCCGGCACGUCAUCGAGGAGCCCUGCACCCUGCGCCACACCAUGGAGAAGGUUGUGCGCUCGGCGGCCACCAGUGGCGCGGGCAGCACCACCUCCGGGGUGGUGUCGGGCAGCCUGGGCUCCCGUGAGAUCAACUACAUCCUGCGCGUGCUGGGCCCGGCCGCUUGCCGCAACCCCGAGAUCUUCACAGAGGUGGCCAACGGCUGCAUCCGCAUCGCCCUGCCUGCCCCCCGCGGCUCGGGCACCGCAUCGGACGACGAGUUCGAGAACCUGCGGAUCAAGGGCCCCAACGCGGUGCAGCUGGUGAAGACGACGCCGGUGAAGCCGUCGGCCCUGCCCGUCAUCCCCGACCCCAUCAAGGAGGUGAUCUACGACAUGCUGAAUGCGCUGGCCGCCUACCACGCCCCCGACGAAGCUGAGAAGAGCGAGGCCAAGCCGGUCACGGCCAGCCAGGAGGUGAGCCAGCUGCUGUCGGACAUGGGCGACGACGUGUACCAGCAGUACCGCUCCCUCACCCGCCAGGGCAGCGACUUCGACUCGCAGAGCGGCUUCGCCAUCACUGCCCAGGUGUUCGGCGCAGACGGAGCAGCCGCCGAGACGCCGCCAUCUGGGACCCCUCAAGGAGAAGCCUCUACCCCGGAGGAGUCGCGGGAGGGCCGGAAGGACAAGGAGGGAGACAAGGCGACGGAGGAGGGCAAGCAGAAGGCCAAGGGCAGCAAGCCGCUCAUGCCCACCUCCACCAUCCUGCGUCUGCUGGCCGAGCUGGUGCGCUCCUAUGUGGGCAUCGCCGCCCUCAUUGCCAACUACAGCUAUACCGUGGGCCAGUCCGAGCUCAUCAAGGAGGACUGCAGUGUGUUGGCCUUUGUCCUGGACCACCUGCUGCCCCACACCCAGAACGCAGAGGACAAGGACACCCCCGCGCUGGCCCGUCUCUUCCUCGCCAGCCUGGCUGCAGCGGGCAGCGGCACGGACGCCCAGGUGGCGCUGGUGAACGAGGUGAAGGCGGCGUUGGGCCGGGCGCUGGCCAUGGCGGAGAGCACAGAGAAACAUGCCAGGCUGCAGGCCGUGAUGUGCAUCAUCAGCACCAUCAUGGAGUCCUGCCCCUCCACCUCCAGCUUCUACAGCAGCGCGGCCGCCAAGACGCAGCACAACGGCAUGAACAACAUCAUCCGCCUCUUCCUCAAGAAGGGGCUGGUCAGCGACCUGGCGCGGGUACCCCACAGCCUCGACCUCUCCAGCCCCAACAUGGCUAACACCGUGAACGCGGCGCUGAAGCCCCUGGAGACGCUGUCGCGCAUCGUCAACCAGCCCAGCAGCCUCUUCGGCAGCAAGAGCACGACCAGCAAGAGCAAAGCGGAGGGCGAGGUGCAGGGCGCUGCCCGCGACGCCAACAGCAACCAGCAGGACGUGGGGGAGCCGGGUGAGGCCGGUGCCCACGAGGAGGACCACGACGCGGGCCAGGCGGAGGUGGUGGAUGGCGACAUCAUGGAUGGGGAGGCGGAGGGCGACGCAGUAGUGAUCGCCGGGCAACCUGAGGUGCUCAGCACCCAGGAGAUGCAGGUGGAGAAUGAGCUGGAGGACCUGAUAGACGAGCUGCUGGAGCGGGAUGGCGGCCCUGGGAACAGCACCAUCAUCGUGAGCCGCAGCGGGGAGGACGACGCCCCGGAAGACGUGCUGAUGGAUGAGGCCCCCUCCAACCUGAGCCAGGGCUCCACGCUCCAGGCCAACCGGGAAGACUCAAUGAACAUCCUGGACCCCGAAGACGAGGAGGAGCACACGCAGGAGGAAGACAGCAGCGGCAGUAAUGAGGACGAGGAUGACAGUCAGGACGAGGAGGAGGAGGAAGAGGAGGAAGACGAAGACGAUCAGGACGACGAGGAAGGCGAGGAGGGGGAGGAGGAGGAGGAGGAUGACGAUGGCUCGGAGAUGGAGCUGGACGAGGAUUACCCCGACAUGAACGCCUCGCCCCUGGUGCGCUUCGAACGCUUCGACCGCGAGGACGACCUCAUCAUCGAGUUCGACAACAUGUUCUCCAGUGCCACGGAUAUUCCCCCCUCCCCAGGAAACAUCCCGGCCACCCACCCGCUGAUGGUGCGGCACGCAGACCACGGCUCCCUGACUCUCGGCAGCGGCUCCUCCACCACCCGCCUGGCCCAGGGCAUCGGGCGGAGCCAGCGGACGCUGCGCCAGCUGACGGCCAACACCGGCCACACGAUCCACGUGCACUACCCCGGCACGCGGCAGCCCAACCCCCCCCUCAUCCUGCAGAGGUUGCUGGGUCCCUCGGCCGCAGCCGACAUCCUCCAGCUGAGCAGCAGCCUCCCGCUGCAGAGCCGGGGCCGCGCCCGCCUCCUGGUGGGGAACGACGACGUCCACAUCAUCGCCCGCUCCGACGACGAGCUGCUGGACGACUUCUUCCACGACCAGAGCACGGCCACCAGCCAGGCAGGGACCCUCUCCAGCAUCCCCACCGCCCUGACGCGCUGGACCGAGGAGUGCAAGGUGCUGGACGCGGAGAGCAUGCACGACUGCGUCUCAGUGGUGAAGGUUCCCAUCGUUAACCACCUGGAGGCGCUGCGGGACGAGGAGCUGGAGGAGCGCCGGGAGAAGCGCCGCAAGCAGCUGGCCGAGGAGGAGGCCAAAGCCACGGACAAAGCCAAGGAGGAAAAGGACGGGAAGGAGCAGAGCGCCCAGGGGGCGGUGCCCACACCUAACACCGCCACCGAGCAUAGUCUCUCAGAUGCGGCCGGCCGGACUGACGGUUUCCCCGCCGCCCCGCCCGCUGCCGAGGGCCCCUCCGCCGGCCCCAAGCAGACGCUGGUCACCCUGGAGACCCCACAGCCGGCAGCGGUGGGUGGGGAGCUGCCCCCGGAGCUCGCCGGGCAGCCCAGCACCGAGGCCUCGCGCCAGCUGCUGGUGCCGGCCGAGCAAGAGGACUCGGGGCCGGGUAGGCCCAAUGCCGAUGCGGAGGCCACCCAGAUGGAGCUGUCACCUGCCCCCACCAUCACCUCGCUGUCCCCAGAGAGGGCAGAGGACUCGGAUGCCCUGACGGCCGUUAGCAGCCAGCUGGAGGGCUCGCCCAUGGACACCAGCAGCCUGGCCUCCUGCAGCCUGGAGGAGGGCGUCGGGGAGGGCGCCUUGCCCGGCGGGGCGGAGCAGCCUCCUGCCCACGGUGCCCCCGGGGCUGAGCCAGCCCAGCAGCACCCCGAGGGCCAGGCCGGCGGCGACAGCCUGGCCGAUGCCAGCCAGCAAGGGGAGGACAGCUCACCCCCUGCUUCGUCCUCCGAGAGCUCCUCUACCAGGGACUCGGCCGUGGCCAUCUCCGGAGCCGACUCCCGGGGCAUCCUGGAGGAGCCGCUGCCCUCCACCAGCAGCGAAGAGGAGGACCCGCUAGCAGGGAUAAACCUCCCCGAGGGCGUGGACCCUUCCUUCCUGGCGGCCCUGCCAGACGACAUCCGGCGUGAGGUGCUGCAGAACCAGCUGGGCAUCCGGCCGCCAGCCCGGCCUCCCCCCACCGCUACCACCCCCACCCCGCCCGUGGUGAGCAACCCCGGGGUGACAGAGGUCAGCCCCGAGUUCCUGGCUGCCCUGCCCCCCGCCAUCCAGGAGGAGGUGCUGGCGCAGCAGCGGGUGGAGCAGCAGCGGCGGGAGCUGGCGCAGGGCAUCAGCUCGGACACGCCCAUGGACCCGGUGACAUUUAUCCAGACGCUGCCCUCGGACCUGCGGCGCUCGGUGCUGGAGGACAUGGAGGACAGCGUGCUGGCCGUCAUGCCCCCCGACAUCGCCGCCGAGGCCCAGGCCCUGCGCCGCGAGCAGGAGGCCCGGCAGCGCCAGCUCAUGCACGAGCGGCUCUUCGGGCACUCCAGCACCUCGGCCCUGUCGGCCAUCCUGCGCAGCCCGGCCUUCACCAGCCGGCUGAGCGGGAACCGCGGGGUCCAGUACACGCGCCUGGCCGUGCAGAGGGGGGGCACCUUCCACAUGGGCGGUAGCAGCAGUCACAGCAGGCCGUCGGGCAGCACGGUGGACAGCCUCCUACGGCUGCGGGGCCGGCUGCUGCUGGACCACGAGGCGCUGUCCUGUCUGCUGGUGCUGCUCUUCGUGGACGAGCCCAAGCUGAACACGAGCCGGCUGCACCGGGUGCUGCGCAACCUCUGCUACCACGGCCAGACGCGGGGCUGGGUGAUCCGCAGCCUGCUCUCCAUCCUGCAGCGCAGCAGCGAGAGUGAGCCCUGCCUGGAGACGCCCAAGGGGCCGCCGGACGAGCGGGGCAAGCGGGCCGCCAAGGCCGGGGCCCCCGAGGGCCGCCCCCUGGAGCUGCUGCACAAGAUGGAGGCCCGCAGCUCGGGCCAGCUGUCCUGGCUCUCCGUCUCCAUGGACGCCGCCCUGGGCUGCCGCACCAACAUCUUCCAGAUCCAGCGGGCCGGCGGGCGCAAGCACACGGAGAAGCACGCCGCCAGCACUGCCGCCGGCGCCGCCGUCCACAUCCACCCGCAGGCCGCCCCCGUGGUGUGUCGCCACGUGCUGGACACCCUCAUCCAGCUGGCCAAGGUGUUCCCCAGCCACUUCACGCAGCAGCGGCCCAAGGAGACGCCCUGCGAGGGGGAGCGGGGCGCCAGGCAGUCGGGCAGCCCGGGCCAGGCCAGCGGCAUCUCCACCGACUUCUGGGACUUGCUGGUCAAACUGGACAACAUGAACGUGAGCCGCAAGGGCAAGAACUCGGUCAAGUCGGUGCCGGUGAGCGCGGGCGCCGAGGGCGAGAGCUCCCCCUACAGCCUGGAGGCCUCGCCGCUGGGCCAGCUCAUGAACAUGCUCUCGCACCCCGUCAUCCGGCGCAGCUCGCUGCUGACCGAGAAGCUGCUGCGCUUGCUCUCGCUCAUCUCCAUCGCCCUGCCCGAGAACAAGGCGCCCGAGGGGCCGGGCGCCGCCCCCGCCCCGACCGCGCCCUCCGCCGGGGCCGCCGCCCCCACCCCCGCCCCCGCCCCCACCGUGCCAGGUGAGGGGGGACACCUACUGUCUCGGGGAUUGAGGGUGUGCCAGAUUGGGGGGGGGGUGGCAGCUGGCGUCUCCCUGGCCCAGGGGCUUCUGGGAUUAAGGGGGCACCUGGUGUCUCCUGCCAAGGGCAGCAAAUCUCCGGCCAAGGCGGGCGAGGCGGGCGGCGGCGGGACAGAUGCCAAGAUGGUGGCGUCGGGCCUGACGGAAAACCAGCUGCAGCUGUCGGUAGAGGUGCUGACGUCUCACUCCUGCUCGGAGGAGGGGCUGGAGGAUGCAGCCAACGUCCUGCUCCAGCUGUCGCGGGGCGACUCGCCCACCCGGGACACGGUGCUGCGGCUCCUGCUCAGUGGGGCCCGUCAGCUGGGCUACACCCUCUGCAAGCAGAUCGGCACCCUGCUGGCGGAGCUCCGCGAGUACAACCUGGAGCAGCAGCGGCGGGCGCAGUGCGAGCUGCUCUCCCCCGACGGGCUCCCCGACGAGCAGCCCCAGACCACCAAGCUGAAGGGCAAGAUGCAGAGCCGGUUCGACACGGCGGAGAACGUGGUGAUCGUGGCCUCCCAGAAGCGGCCCCUGGGCGGGCGGGAGCUGCAGCUGCCCUCCAUGUCCAUGCUGACCUCCAAGACCUCCACCCAGAAAUUCUUCCUGCGCGUGCUGCAGGUCAUCAUCCAGCUGCGGGACGACACGCGCCGCGCCAACAAGAAGGCCAAGCAGACGGGCCGGCUAGGUAGCUCCGGUCUGGGCUCAGCUAGCAGCAUCCAGGCCGCUGUCCGGCAACUGGAGGCUGAGGCUGACGCCAUUAUACAAAUGGUACGUGAGGGGCAGCGGGCGCGGCGGCAGCAGCAAGCAGCAACGUCCGAGCCGAGCCAGUCGGAAGGGGCUGUUCGGAGGGACGAGUCGCCUAUGGACGUCGAUCAGCCCUCGCCCGUCACACAGGACGCCCAGUCGGUUGGUUCGGAAGGACCCCAGCCCGGGGAGAAGGACGAGCGGCCCCCGGACCUGCCCCUCCUGAGCGAGCAGCUGAACCUGGACGAACUCUGGGCCAUGCUGGGCGAGUGCUUGAAGGAGCUGGAGGAGUCCCACGACCAGCACGCUGUGCUAGUGCUGCAGCCGGCGGUGGAAGCUUUCUUCCUAGUGCACGCAACAGAGCGGGAGAGCAAGCCCCCGGUGCGGGACACCCGCGAGAGCCAGCUGGCCCACAUCAAGGACGAGCCCCCGCCCCUGUCGCCCGCCCCCCUCACCCCCGCCACCCCCUCCUCGCUGGACCCCUUCUUCUCCCGCGAGCCCUCCUCCAUGCACAUCUCCUCCAGCCUGCCCCCCGACACCCAGAAGUUCCUGCGCUUCGCAGAGACCCACCGCACGGUGCUAAACCAGAUCCUGCGCCAGUCCACCACCCACCUGGCCGACGGGCCCUUCGCUGUCCUGGUCGACUACAUCCGCGUGCUGGACUUCGACGUCAAGCGCAAGUACUUCCGCCAGGAGCUGGAGCGUCUGGACGAGGGGCUGCGCAAGGAGGACAUGGCCGUCCACGUGCGCCGUGACCACGUCUUCGAGGACUCGUACCGCGAGCUGCACCGCAAGUCGCCCGAGGAGAUGAAGAACCGACUGUACAUCGUGUUCGAGGGCGAGGAGGGGCAGGACGCGGGCGGGCUGCUCCGGGAGUGGUACAUGAUCAUCUCGCGGGAGAUGUUCAACCCCAUGUACGCCCUGUUCCGCACCUCACCCGGCGACCGCGUCACCUACACCAUCAAUCCCUCGUCCCACUGCAACCCCAACCACCUGAGCUACUUCAAAUUUGUGGGGCGCAUCGUGGCCAAGGCCGUGUACGACAACCGCCUGCUGGAGUGUUACUUCACCCGCUCCUUCUACAAGCACAUCCUGGGCAAGUCCGUCAGGUACACAGAUAUGGAGAGCGAGGAUUACCACUUCUACCAGGGCCUGGUUUACCUAUUGGAGAACGACGUGUCCACACUAGGCUACGACCUGACCUUCAGCACCGAGGUGCAGGAGUUUGGGGUGUGUGAGGUGCGGGACCUCAAGCCCAACGGCGCCAAUAUCCUGGUGACGGAAGAGAACAAGAAGGAAUACGUGCACCUGGUCUGCCAGAUGAGGAUGACGGGAGCCAUCCGCAAGCAGCUGGCUGCCUUCCUGGAGGGUUUCUACGAGAUCAUCCCCAAGCGCCUCAUCUCCAUCUUCACGGAGCAGGAGCUGGAGCUUCUCAUCUCGGGGCUGCCCACCAUCGACAUCGACGACCUCAAAUCCAACACUGAGUACCACAAGUACCAGUCCAACUCCAUCCAGAUCCAGUGGUUCUGGCGAGCCCUGCGUUCCUUCGACCAGGCGGACCGAGCCAAGUUCCUGCAGUUCGUGACGGGCACCUCCAAGGUCCCCCUGCAGGGCUUCGCCGCCCUGGAGGGCAUGAACGGCAUCCAGAAAUUCCAGAUCCACCGGGACGACCGCUCCACCGACAGAUUGCCUUCCGCUCACACGUGUUUCAAUCAGCUGGACCUUCCCGCCUACGAGAGCUACGAGAAGCUACGUCACAUGCUGCUACUGGCCAUCCAGGAGUGCUCGGAAGGCUUCGGCCUGGCGUGA